AGAGAACCGGAAGCAGAGAGUGCAGGAGGCAGAAGUGAUGAGAGCAGCGGGCAUCCCUGGAGCUCAGCUGAGCCAGACCAGGAAAGGCUGCCACGGACGGAGCCUGGCUGCACCCAGUUAGAACAGAAACAGGGAUGAGGGUUCGGACCGUGAGCCCCUCAGGUUCUCACUGUUCCCUUCAGCUGGUGACUGUGUGACCGUGAGCGGUCACUUAAUCUUGCCGGUAAGGGCCUCAGUUUCCUCAUCUGUAGAAUGGCAUUGGAAAGGCAUGGCUGGGAGGUCUCAGACAUAAAGCAGAGUGCUGUGUGAACCUCCGGGUUUACAGACAGAGCGGAUGUUCCUAGUGCAUUGCACUCAUUUUCCCUCGGCCGACAGAAGCUCAUGACCUCCGCCAUUGUUCCCAAACAAGCAGGAAGCUUCACACUGCCUGAUCCACAAUUCCCAGAGCGCCCUCAGGGCCACCAUCUCGUGCAAGCCUCGCAGCAUCCACGAGGGGGCAGCACAGGACUAUCAUCGCCCCAUGGCCUGAAGGCGGCUGCCGGAAGCCAAGUGCGAUAAUGGUGGGGAUGGCCCCCAGGAGCCCGGGCUUCGCUCCCUCCUCCUCCCCUACCCUGUGCGGAGGACUCCGGCCUCGGGGUAGGGGGCUGAUGAAUUGGGCGUGGCAUCUACUCAAGAACUCUGCCCACCCCCCCGCCCUAGGGCUCAGAUACACACACGCACACACACGCACACACACAUGCACACACGGGGCCCGCCCCUUUCCUGGGAGCUGCCCGUUCCCAGGACAACAGUCAACACAGGCGGGAGUUCAAAACAAAACUGGGCUCAGAUGCUCUCCCCAUCGGCCACUCUGAGUUCGAGGCCUAAAGCGACAAUGAGGAGGACCCUGGCCAGGCUGUCCCGGGGUUAGGAGGGAGAGAGUGUUCCAGGAGGAGGUUUGAGCUGAUCUCAGGCACAGGAGUCUUUCUCUCUCUCUCUCUCUCUCUCUCUGUGUGUGUGUGUGUGAUUGUGUGUGUGUGACACACACACACACACUUGCACCCAUGGGGAGCCACCCCACCCCUGGGCUCCAGAGAACCACAUCACCUGGGUACCGAUUGUCUCCCACCAGGCCGCCAACCUCUGUCUCCCCAGCUGCCCGGAUUGGCCCUAUGGCCAGCAGGGGUCUUGCUGGUGGCUGUCAGGCCCCCCAGGCUCUGAAGGCGCAGCGGGUGGCCCAGGGAGCUGCCUGCGGUGGCGGUGGCGUGCAGCAGGACCAGCUGUGGCGGGAGCUCCUGGAGGCCGAGCGUCAGGGCCAGCGGCGCUGGGUUCAGAACUGGAGUUUCCUGAAAGACUAUGACCCAAUGGGCAACAAGAAGGAGCCUGAGAAGUUGCCAGACCAUGUGCCUCUCUUUUCGGACACAGUUCCCAGUUCCACAAACCAGCUUGUGGGUAGCAGGCUGGACACGCCCCUGGGACAGACUCUCAUCCGCAUGGACUUCUUCUUCACAGAAGGGGUCCGGAAGAAGAAGCUGGAGGAUGAGAUGCAGCCCAUCUAGGAGCAAGGAGGGCUGGGCUGGCCUUCCCCAGACGGAGACUCCCAUUAUCACCUGGGCUGCAGUGCAAUGGCAUGAUCUU